GCUAGCUGAGACCACAGCCAGAGAUGGUGUUUGUUAGGCUGUGGCAAAUGGCCGGUUUCUGAACCCACUUUUUAUAGUAGGGACACCAAGCAUUAAGGCUGAACAAAGGAAUUUUUAUGAUCUUGCCCCGACCGCGGGUUAGUCAAGGGAGACCCUAAGAGGGAGUGGGUUCUAACGUCAGUGGGUAACUAGGCAGCUAUCCUGAAAUAUGUUUCAGAGGAAAUUACAGUGAAAGUCACUAAUUGCAAGAAAACAGAUGUCUUUAGCAAUUAGUCAGAAAAAGGGACUGCUAGUAAUAUCAGAGGGUUAAUAAAUUAGAAUAAUUGGUUCUUAGGCUGGGAACUCAGAAGAUAGUAAAAAGCUUCUCACAUAAUCUCGAGGUAAAACUCAGAUACAGAUUACUUUACAAUCUUCAUUUUUCAGUUAAACUAAUGUUUGUGCUUAGCCUAUUGUCUUCCUGGGUACUUCCAGAUAGUGUUUACUGAAGCCCUGUGUCUUCCCUUUGAUGCUACCAGUUUCACAUAGCAGGGAUAAUGCGUAACCCAGAGGUCAUAUAUCUAUUUCCUAAAAGUUGACUCAGCUCGUAUCCGUAGGCUAGCUCUCAGUCUGCAGAGAGAUGCUUUGGCCUCGUAAAUAGAGCUAUGGGUUGUAAAGUGAAAUAACCCGCUGUUAAUAGUUUAAUCCUUAAGCUACUGAGGAAGCUGCUGACAGUCUGUUCUCAUUCUCCUAGGCUUACAACUUUAUAUUUCUUUAUUUUUACAUUCCUAUUUCUGGAAUCUACGUUUUUAUAGUCUCAUUCCUGAAUCCUUUCGUGUGUGUGUGUGUUCACAUGCCUGUGCUUGUCACUGGGGAAGUGUGCUUGCUCGUGUUUUCUGUGUAGAUGUGUUCAUGUGUAGUUACAAACAUGUUUACCCGUGUGCAAGUUUGUAUGCACAUGUGUCUCCAUGUCUACACGCAGCCCCUGUGUUCAUGUGUCCAUGUGUCUGCCUGGAGCCCCUCUGUCUGUGUGUUUUGUGUUGUCAUUUCUGUGUUGCACCUUAACGGAAAGGAUCGCCCUUCCUUUCUAAGUUCAUUUGCUUUACCAGGGAUUUGCUAACGUCAGUACUCUGACACUUGACUCUGUGGCAGCCUUUUGGGGUGGAAGUGUGGCCCUAGGGCUGAGGUGGGACUUGACUGCAGAUGCACAACAGCUGGGGACUCCCAGAAGACAUGGGAAGGAGCUUGUGGCUAAGCUGACUUAGGGACCAAGUUCACACGUAGCAGCCAAGGUUCAGGGGUCUGGCUAGCAUUUGUUCAGAGUGUCUUUGUAUGCCACAUUCUGACACCAGCGUUUGUCCUCAUCCAUGAAGGAACAACAGAGGAGGCAGACGUGGGGAGCCAGUUCUGUGCUUCUGCCUGCCAGGGGGUUACAGUGGAAACCUUCCCUUGUUUCUCCCCAGGAGCCAUGGAUGCUGUGGAACUUGCCAGAAGGCUGCAAGAAGAGGCCACAUGUUCCAUCUGCCUCGACUACUUCAUCGAUCCUGUGAUGACUGCCUGUGGCCACAACUUCUGCAGAAACUGCAUCCUGAUGAGCUGUGAGAAAGGGAAGGUCAAGAAAGGGAGGAAGAGGCAGAAGGGCUGCUUCCCCUGCCCCGAGUGCAGGGAGAUGUCCCUUCAGAGGAACCUGAGGCCCAACCGCCUACUGACAAAGGUGGCAGAGAUGGCCCGCCAGCACCCUGGGCUGCAGAAGCGAGACUUGUGCCAGACACACCAAGAGCCCCUCAAGCUCUUCUGCCAGGACGACCAGAGCCCUAUUUGUGUGGUCUGCAGGGAGGCCCAGGAGCACCGGGUGCACAGCGUGAUGCCUGUGGAUGAGGCUGCAAGGGAGUAUAAGACGAAGUUGGAGGAAGACAUAAAGUAUCUUCGGGAGGAGGUGACGAAGACGGAGACGCUGCAAGCCAAGGGGGAAGAGAACUUAACUCAAUGGCAGGAGAAAGUGAAGGAGCACAGAGAGCGCAUCCUGGAGGAGUUCCAGAAGGUGGUCCUAUUCCUGGUGGAAGAGGAACGUCGGCUUCUCCAGGUCCUGAAGAAGGAGGAAGAGGAUACCGUAGGGAGGCUGCAGGACAACAAGGCCUUCCUGGAUAGCCAAAGCAGCUCUCUGGACCUGCUCCUGUUGCAGCUGGAGGAGCAGAGCCAGCAGGGGCCCCUCCAGAUGCUGCAGGACAUGAAGGACACCUUGGCCAGGAAGGAGAGCCUCUGCGUGAAGUAUCCAGAGAUGGCCCUCCCCGUGGCCAUCAAGACCGUGUGCCGAGUUCCAGGGCAGAUAGAAGUGCUCAAAAGUUUCCAAGAAGAUGUGGUGCCGGACCCCAGCUCUGCGUACCCCUAUCUCCUCCUGUACGAGAGCCGCCAAAGGCGGUACCUGAGCCCACCACCAGAGGGCAGCACCCCCUACAGCAAGGACCGGUUCGUGGCCUACCCCUGCGCUGUGGGACAGAAGAGCUUUUCCUCUGGAAGGCACUACUGGGAAGUGGGCAUGAAUCUUACCGGGGAUGCACUCUGGGCCUUAGGCGUGUGCAGGGACAACGUGAGCCGGAAGGACAGGGUGCCCAAAUCCCCGGAAAAUGGGUUCUGGGUAGUGCAGCUGUCCAAGGGGAAGAAGCACUUGUCUCUGUUACCCGACUCCACUCCCAUCACACUCACUGAGCCUCCCAGCCACAUGGGCAUCUUCCUGGACUUCCAGGCUGGGGAGGUGUCCUUCUACAGUGUGAACGAUGGGUGUCACUUGCAUAGCUUCUCCCAGGCUGCCUUCCCUGGGCCGCUGCUGCCGUUCUUCUGCUUGGGAACUCCAAAGUCGGGCCAGAUGGUCAUCUCCACAGUGACCAUGUGGGUGAAGGGAUAGAGGCUUGGAACCAGACACAGUCCCUGGGCGUGCCUUGGGUUCCCCGGAAGUCAGGGCACUUCACCACCGUGGCUACCUACCCAGGCUUUCUCUGGGAGUGCUGAGAGCCAAUACCUGUGCUGGCAGGACAAUUUCCUGAAAUACAACCACGAUUAAAAUGCUCAAAUUCUGAACUGACUACUGAUAAGAUGCUAAAUGAGGGUAACUUUGGAAAGGGCCCCGACAUUUCCGAGUGAACUUGCUCACCGGGCAAGUUGGUCUUCUGUUUUGUUAGCUUUGGUCUCGCCCCAAAGCUUGCUGAUGUCUUGGUUCCUAGUGCCCUCUGGCCUUCGGAUCCUUCACAGAGAAGGUGGAGCUCGCCCCCGCCCCCACCCCCUUAAGAUGAUUAGGAAGGUCUCCUCACUCCUUCCUCCAAGUGCCCGUUCCUAUCAUUCCCUCUCCGAAGAACACCUCGCUUCCCAUUCCAGUUACAAGUUACUGGCACCCUGGCAAACGCACGCAUUUCCGAAGUGGUUUUCACCGUGACCCUUCUGGACCCGCGGCCGGACACCGUUUCUCGUUUCCUAUCCCUGAUCUCUUCGGGUUUGCCCCCCGAACAUGAGGGUGGUGUUGGGGGUGUCUGAGCGACAACAGUCCAGGGGUGCUGAGGGCUGUGGACACAGGGUGAAAGCGCAAUGGGAAACCACCAACUCCAUCGCCCACCGCCUGGGUGUGUUUGCACGUCCUCGGGGUCGUCCUGUGUCUCGGUACUCCUCUACAUCCCUUUCCGGACCUGCGGCCAAAGUUUGCAGCCUGGGGAGCGGGAGACACCCCUGCGGAGACCUG